AUGCGUCCGCUGUCAAAGCCUACAAAUACCUAUUGUUGCCCUUCUUAUCAUUUUUGUAAUUAAUUUACAUUAAACGUCGUGCCGCAUACCAUGUUUACGGCGAUAAAGUAGUGUUUACGUUUUUGUAUCGGCUGCAAACGGUAAAUACCCUCAGGCACAUGACUAGCUCUUUAUAGAGGAGCAAACAUGUUGCUAGUCCACACGUGUUUAUUUGUGUUAUUUGCUCUAUUUAUUGAUAACUGUGCGCCACGAUCUAUAGAGGAGAAUGAGGAGCAAUUCUUAGUGUCCCCAAAAUAUACCAGUUACAAAGAUUUAGUGAAGUUAACCAGUGAAUUUCAGAAGACGUAUCCGGACCUGAUUAAGUCGUACUCAAUUGGGAAGUCGGUGCAAGGGCGAGAGCUGUUGGUUCUUCAGUUAAGUGAGGAUGUGCAAACACCUCAUUAUGAGCGACCUUCGGUGAAGUAUGUGGCGAACAUGCAUGGUGAUGAGUCGGUGGGGCGGCAGCUGACGAUAUACCUGGCGGAGUACUUGUUGGACAAUUAUGGCAAAGACGACAGAGUGACUAGGAUGCUGAAUACAACAGAUAUACACCUAAUGCCGUCAUUAAAUCCUGAUGGAUUUGAGAGCAGUGAGGAAAGCAACUGCGAGUCCCUCAAAGAGUACCUAGGCCGAAACAACGCUAAAGGCGUGGACUUAAACAGGGACUUCCCUGACCAGUUCGACAAAGACAAGUCUAAUGAUGACGAGUAUUUGUACGGAGGCCGGCAGCCUGAGACUGUGGCGCUCAUGCGAUGGGUGACCGGCAAACAGUUUGUGCUGUCGGGGAAUUUGCAUGGUGGAGCGGUCGUGGCGAGCUAUCCGUAUGACGAUUCUAUUACUGGCAAGGAGUGCUGCGAAGAGAGCCGAUCACCCGAUGACUCACUGUUCAAGCACUUGGCAAAUGUAUACGCUUCUCGUAACGAGGAGAUGCGCGCCGGUGACACGUGCCCGCCUGAGAACUUCGAGGGAGGACUCACUAACGGAGCUCACUGGUAUUCUGUACAAGGAGGCAUGCAAGACUUCAACUACGUCCACUCCAACUGUUUCGAGGUGACCUUCGAGCUAUCCUGCUGCAAGUACCCACCUGCCGAGGAGUUGCCGAAGUACUGGCAGCUUAACAAGGAGUCACUCCUGUCUUUUAUUGAGCAAUCCCAUAUUGGAGUCACUGGGGUCGUGCUUGAUGAGGCUGGGGAGCCUGUGAAGAAUGCUCAAAUCAAAGUGGAGGGUAACGACCACGUGGUUCGCACUACAGACCACGGAUAUUACUGGCGCAUGCUGCUGCCGGGGCAGUACAACAUCACAGCCGUCGCUUCUGGCUACUCAAUCCCCCCCUACACGUUAAUCACGGUACCCGAAAACCAGACGUCCCCAGUCACGUUCAACAUGACAGUCCACCGACACCCUCGCUCCCUGACCGCGGUGUAUAAAAGGCGCGCUCGUCACGACAUCGACGGUAUUUCCGCAGUCGACUUCAGCCACCACGACUAUGCUAAGAUGGAGAGCUUCCUCAAGACUUUGAAUGAGCAGUAUCCGGAGAUCACCAAGUUGACCAGCAUCGGGAAGUCGGUGGAAGGGAGGGAGUUGUAUGUACUUGAAGUGACGAAGGACCCUGGAGUACAUAAGCCUGGCAAGCCGGAAUUCAAGUACGUAGCCAACAUGCACGGCAACGAAGUAAUAGGUCGGGAACUGCUCCUUCUUCUCGCCAAGUAUCUGUGCCAGGAGUACAUCAGCGGCAACGGGCGCAUUCAGACCAUGUUGAAUACUACCAGGAUACAUCUGCUGCCCAGCAUGAACCCUGAUGGGUAUGAGAAGGCUCAGAUUGGUGACUACAGCAGUCUAACAGGCAGAAGUAACGCUCAUGACGUUGAUCUCAAUAGGAACUUCCCCGAUCAGUUUGGCGAGACUAGGGACAACAAAAUCCCCGAACCAGAAACGCGAGCAGUCAUGAACUGGUCUCUCUCCGAGCCUUUCGUUCUCUCAGCCAACCUUCACGGAGGAGCACUAGUCGCCAACUAUCCCUAUGAUGGCAACCCUGCCAUGGUCAGCGGCCACGAGUAUCUCACGCCUGACAACCCUGUGUUCUUGCAUCUCGCGCAUACUUAUUCCGACGCUCAUCACAAAAUGCACUUAGGACAACCAUGCAAGAACUUGCCGAGCGAGAGGUUCCCUGAGGGCAUCACUAAUGGCGCUAAAUGGUACGUGCUAGCCGGCGGCAUGCAAGACUGGAACUACUUAUACACCAACGACAUGGAGAUCACUCUGGAGCUUGGCUGCUAUAAAUUCCCUCCCGCUAGUGACCUGCCUUCGUAUUGGGAGGAUAACAAGGAAGCUUUGCUCAAGUUUAUUGAACAGGUCCACACAGGAGUGAACGGGUUCGUGCACAGCCACAUCGGACACCCGCUAGUGAACGCCAGCAUCAAGGUGCACGGCGUGAUGCACGGCGUCCGCACCGCGCAGUACGGCGACUACUGGAGGCUGCUGGAGCCUGGCACUUACAAUAUCACUGCUAUGAAGCACGGCUACGAGAGCAUAACGGAACAAGUGACAGUGCCCGAGAAAGGUUCAGUGAGCAUGAACUUCACUUUAAUGGCCGACGAUCCCCAACACUGGUCUUCAGCCUACGACUUCCGCGUGCUAGACAACAUAAUAAACACCCGGUACCACACCCGGCUGGAGAUGUACUCGGCGCUGUCGGAGCUCGAGAACCGGUUCCCCAACAUCGCCGAGUUCCGCGCCGGAGACAGCAUGCUCACCUCCACCUUCCAUCAGCUCAAGAUGACGGACGAGGUCGGGUCCCCAGAAGAAACCAAAUUCCACAUCGCCAUCUGCAGCAGUUUCUACGGUUCCCAACCUCUAGGCCAGGAGAUGUUACUGAACUUCGCUCGUCACAUCGGCACGGCUUACACUAUCGGAGAGCCCGUACACAAACGCCUUUUGCAAAACGCUGUGUUACACUUCAUACCUAACAUAGACCCUCUAUCAGAUAAAAUAGUUAAACAAUACGAUGGCAAUGACAAAUGUGAUGUUGCGCCCCUUGAAGAAGAAUUCGGAGACAGCUUAUACAGUUACUUAACUAAAAAAGAUUUAAAUCCACUCUCAAAUUACACGCGAGAGAAAUCUUUUAUCAACAUGUUAGAAGCAGAAAAAUAUGAUUUAAUUCUAGAACUUUCUUCCGGGUCUGAGGAUAUUUCCUAUCCGGAGUUAUCGAAGAAUUUGUAUGAGAAGUUUGCUCAAGUGUACCAGGACAGCAGAAAUCCGAAUGAUAAGUACCAAUGUAAGGGCAAUGGUGUGAAGCAUGGUGAUUUAAUAGAUGUGUUAUGUGAGAGGUAUAAUACUCCUGUGAUCUCUGCGGGGCUCAGUUGCUGUAAAAUGCCGGUGGAAAGUGAAAUAGCUUGGGUUUGGAGAAACAAUCUGAGAGGAAUUAUGAAGUUUAUUGAAUUGGCUAAUACUGGUGUGGUGGGCUUCAUAAAGAACGAAGAAGGCAUGCCGAUGCGGGAAGCCAUAGUGGCCGUCACGGGAAUCGAACGCCAGUACCGAGUGACUCGCAACCUCGCUCAUUACCGACUUAUGUUACCUCCCGGCGUCUACCGUGUUAUCGUGCGCUGUCAUAAUUAUCAUGAUCAGUCACUCGUAUGGACAGUAGUAGAAGGUGUUCUGAAGAGCAAGGACAUUAUAAUGCGCCGUAUCAACUCCGACACGAUUCCUGGAGGACAGUUCACUGAAGUCAAAGUGGAUGACAACCCUAAUGUUGUUUAUGUCACUGGUUUAACCCUAGACCGCAACAGCAACCCGCUACCCUCAGCAUCAGUAAGCAUUCGUCCUCUAGAUGGCAAAACGCCUAUAGUUACAAACGCGAGCGACGCCACGGGCCGCUACAUACUCACGCUACCGUUAGAGUAUAAAGCUAAGGAGGUCGUAGCCAGCGCCUCUGUGGACGGAUAUAUUACUAAACAGAAGCAUAUUGUGAUUAACGGCAAAGAGAACUUGACUCCAAACGUGUUAUUCAAACUGGAGAGCGAUGACUACGUAUUGGGAAUGCCGCGUCUAGUCUUUGUCAUGUUGGCAGGAGUGAUCGGCGUAGCAGUGGUGACGAUAUCGGCGUGGUGCUUCAGCUGCCGCGAGCGAGCGAAGGACUCGCGAAGACAGUACUUGUUCACGCAAAUACCUAGUGAUGAUAAACGACCGCUGUGUGAUGAAGUUAGCUCUUAUGACAUAGUACGCAAACCCUACUUCGAUGAAGAAGACCUUCCCCCCUCAGAAACUGACUCUGAAGAAGAAAUAGUUCUCCUCAGGAACGAUAGAGAGUGGAAACAGGUAGACCAGGAAUAACUUAAAUAAAUUAACAUAUACGCCGAUGAUACUUUUGUCCAGUGGUAGAACGAAAUACUGUUAUAUAGGGUGACUGGUAAUGAGUGACCACUUAUAAUGCAAAAAACGAGCACAAAGUUAAAAAAAAAUUAUGUCAAUGUCAUAAAAUUAAUGAGAAUAUAAAUAAGUUCCUUUGGGAAAGUUAUUUUUAAACAUGGGUAAUCUAGUGUUCAAGUAUCGGUAAGUAAUAACCAGUCACUCUAUAUAACAGCUGUGUAUUAGAGAGAGAAAGUGAAUAAAGGUAUCAUCGCAGAAUAUGUCAGCCUAGUGCAAACUGCGGUGAAUAGAAUUAAGUCUACAUUCAUUUAUUUGUCUUCAUUUUCAUUUGUUUUUUCUUUACAUGAAAAAAUUACCAAGUUACGAUGGUUCAAACAUGCCGAAGCGCUUCGUAAAAAAGAAGGUUUGCUUGGUUCAUCUUGACGGGGCACUACCGUGCUCCCCGAUAAAAAAUAUGGUUCUCCUUGAAUCUAUCUACCACAGUGAUAUAUUAUCGAAUAAAUGUUUCUUUUUUCAGUAGAUUUUGUCCGGACAGUGUAAACUGUAAACUAACCAAUGUCAAACGAAUAUUUUGCCUAACUGACUAAUUUAUUUCAGGAUUUCAGUAAUCGAUUUAAAUAAAUGUAAUAUAUAAGUAGCUUUACAUACAAUCUUAAUGAUAAAAGAAAUAUUUACAGUAGAAAAUGAUAUUUUUUACUUAUCACUAACUUAGAUGGUUGUUAUUUUAAAUGUUGUUAUUAAUCGAAAAUCUAUUUUAAUAAUAUUUAUAUGAAUUUAAUUAAUUGGAAAGAUCUCUAGAUUACAUCAUUUUUCUACUAUCAGUAUUAAAAUUUACAACAUAAAUCCUUCCAGAUAUUGGCUCACAUACAUUCCUAUGCAAGAUUAAUCCUUAACUCUUAUUGAAUAAGGAUCAUUUUUGUACAAAAGUUAUUUAAAUAUAUAUCUUCAGAAAUGUGCUAGAUAAUUAUUGAAAUAAAAAAACAACAGCAAUAACUAAAUAUAUAAGGAAUGAAACAAAGUAUAUCUUAUACUAUAGAAACAUUAGAAUAUAAGCUUAUUUAUUCCUUCUCAUAUCUGUACAUUCCUUUCUUAUUCCUAAUACAUAAUAUUUAUACUGUAUACUACUGAGUGCCUUGAAUUUUAUACUUAUAUACAGGGUUUUUAUACAUAUAUAUAAAAAAUAUACUUUCUUACUACUAUUUUUAUAUGUUUUUAAAUAGUUCAUAAAACCUGGCAAUUAAGUAUGUGUAAUGCAAAAUAUUAUUUAUAUAUUUUUUCACAAUACAAUGUAAAAUAUUUUGUAAGUGUUUACAAUUCAUGAGUGAAAUUCCUAUUUAUUUUUGUGCUAAUAUUUUCGCGCUUUAAACGUCCAAUUAGAUGUAAGAAUAAAGUUUUAACAUAUGAAUUACUUUGUAAAAAAGAAAGUAAGAAAACUAGCUAAUUAACGAACCUAUUUCGAAAUAUUUUUCACAACUUACUAAUUUUGUAGUGAUGCGCUUUACUAUCAGAAAAUAAAUUAUAUGUGAAAUAAUUUUCUAUGAAAAUAACUUCUCAAAAACUCGAACAUAUACCUACAGUAAGCUUUCAUUUAAAAAUAAUAAUUUGACAAUAAUUUAUCACAAUUUCACUAAAUUACAACACUAACAAUUAAUAACGUAGUUGUAACCUUGUAACAUACGUUGACUUUUUUGCCCAUAGAAAAUACACCUAUCUACACAUACAUAGUCAUAAAUACUUAUACAACGUUAAAGAUAUUUAGAGAAUCUCCUAAAGAUAAGAUCGGCAAUAAAAAUGAUAUCGAAUUUAUUUACUAUGACAAUUUUGAAAUGAAGAAUAUUUAUGUAACUGCAAUAUGCGUGUAAAAAGCUGAUUUGCAGCGAAUGUGUGGUAACUUUAUAAAUGCAAUGUGCAAUUUUAUUCAUACUUUGACGAUAGCAUUUAUUUAUUAUUGUAAAAGCGUUUUAUUUAUCUAUUUUAUUUUCUUGUCGUCUUUAAUCCUUUUUAACAGCAUUUUGUAGCCACACUUGUAGUUAAGUGAAAUAUGAAUAUUAACUUGUAAAAGGUGCUCCUAAUACAAUUUGUAAAUUAUAUAUUUUUUAUGUAUUUCGUAAUGUGAUAGUUCCGUAUUGAUAUUGUAGCGAAUAAUAAAAUAUUUUACCAGUAA